CUUUCGUUGUCCUCUUGGUUGUCGUGGUUUUUCCACUAGCUCUAGCAGUGUAAAUAUCUAAGUUGAAGUUCACCUUCACACCGUGCUGACUGCCGGUUGUACAACGAACUUAAAAACCAUGCCGGCCACCGGUCCCUCCCGCGUGAACUUUGCGCACAGCGACGUGGAGUCCUUUGCGAUCCCGUCGAAGCCGGAGCGGAAGCCAAAGGUCGCCGAGCAGAAGAUGCAGACCGAGAAGAUCGGGCUGCGAAACAUGCGGAUUCAAGCGAGCAAUCUGAAGACGAUCGAGACCCAGACUAUGGAAGCGUCAGGAUUGAAACCGUCAAAGUUGAAAUUAUUUGUAAUGCAUAAAAUCGAUACCAGCUGAAGCCCAAUUCUCCAGCGGCGCAUGACAAAUUUCGGCACCGUCUAAAACCAGUUUGUCAUGCUGUUUAGGGACAGCAGGCGCCUUUUGUCAUGCUACUUUAGCAGCUCUAUUCCAAACCCGAAACAGGCUCACAAUCGGUCUCGUUUGCAAUCCUUGCAAGAGAGGCACUUCAUGCCUUGCAAUUUCAGCAUGAGAAAUUAUUUCAACUUUGAGGAUUUCAAUCCUGACGCUUCGAUACAGACCGCGGACAUUUUUGAGCAGGUCGAGCAGGGGCUGAUUGACCUGCAACCGCUCAUAUGGAUUGCAAAAAUGUCUGGGUCUGGAAGAUUGCAACUUGUAAUGCUAGCUUUUCAUACCUAGAAAAUCUGCAUUGCAUAACCAACAAAAGUCGCAGCCGCUUUUGUCAUGCAAAAACGCAGUUUCUCAUGCGGAUUGCCUAUGAGAAAGCGUUUUGGGAAGUUGUCAUGCCGGACUGCAUUCGGAUGCGUUUUCAUCAAGCACAUUUUAGCAUCACAAGUUUCCAGACCCAGACAUUUUUGCAUUUCAUAGCUUACUGGAACCAGCAACAGUGCGAGCUCGACGUCGACCACCUGGCUGGUGAACCAAAAAGCCAAUGUGUCCGACGAGAAGCUGCUGCAUUUUCUGAAAUAUGCAUUGCAAAAGUAUCUUACUCGCAGUAAAAAUCGCAACUAUGCAUGAAAAAUCUUGUAGGCCCUAAAAAAUCCAUCUCUACGCCCAUCUUUUCAAAAUUUGCUCUAUCGGUUUGCCGCCAUUUCGUUGCAUUCUCAUACAUAAAGCCUCUCGAGCAGCUCGACCGCAGAUCCUGGCUGGCGAUAUUGCCUGACAGAUUUUCCGGGUCUUGUUUUUCUUUUUGCAGCUUGGUGGAGGAGUGUGGUAGGAGUUGUGAGGCCAACUUGUCAUGCACAUCUCCGCGACAUGCAGAAACAAGAACAAAACCGGGAGAAUGCAUUCACUCGGCCGAGAAAGAAGUUGAAAAGAUGCAGCCACGCAAAGUGCUCAUCUUUUCAACUUUGAAAGCUAUCAAAUUUUGAAAAGAUGCUCUUUCUGCAUCUUUUCAAAAUUUGAUAGGUGGCUGCUCACUUUCCAAAUUUUGAAAAGAUGCGGUGGGCGCUGUUUCCGAAUCAGGCCCAAGCCAGGCCGGGGCUGAUAAGAGGGGGGGCGCAGCCUUUCGCUUGGCUGCGCCUUGUGGAGGGUAAAUUCGCCGGGGGCAUUUUCCGCGUUUGUCGCUAUUGCCGGGCGCCUUGCCUUACCUGCGCAAGCAGAGGCGCGCUCAGGGUCCAUGGCCUCAUAUGAUUGGGAGGCUCGUUUGGGUGGCUUUUCUCUUUGGGGUCUUUGGCUUGCGUUUCUGCCCCGGGCCUCGGGGCAGAAAUAGAACAGCCCGGCUUGGCGCGUUUGCAAAGGCGGACGCGCAGCCGCCAUCGAAGAGGCGCUACGCGAUAAUCGGCGAGGGCGCCGCGCAAUCAACUGGCCAAAAUUUGAAAAGAUGGGCGAAAAGGUGGAUAUUUUAGGGCCUUCAAAUCUGCUUUUCAAGAUAAAUCCGCAUGACAGAUUCCAUUUGUCAUGCUGAAAAAUUUGUAAUGCAGUUUACUACUACUAGUGCGAUGCUUUUGCAUUGCAUAUGAAAAAGGUCCUGAAGCCCACGUUGUUGGAGCUGGACUCGGCAGAGGAGGAGUUCCCGGCUUUCGCUCACUACGAACCAAAGUGGGAGGAGGAAGGGGAGGAGGCGGUGCGAACGGUGCACUUACUGAAGGGACCGACGGAGCAGGGUACUAACACGGCGGUAUUGGACCUCGCCUGGAACGCAACUGGGAACAUUCUCGCUGCCAGUUACGGGCAGCUCGACACGCUGGGUUGGUGCGAAUACAGCAGCUAUGUCCACGUCUGGCACGUCUUUCAACGUAUAGUGGGGCUCCAGUACAUCUUCAUCUGUUUCAUCUGUAGCGGCUCUGAUAUUUUUUUUUUGAUGCAACUGGUGCUCGCUGGUCGCGUACAACAUCUGUAAAACUACCAACUUUCGACAAGUUCUUUUUGUUUUUACAUUUUCUGCUAAUUGACGUGCUGCACUCAAUUCUAUCAUCUUCAAUCGAAACAUCAGGCGGCGGUCCCUCCGCACCUUCGGAUACGACGAGUCGAGAGCGGCCUCCCGACGUAAAAAUCGAAGUGCAGGGCGACGUCGUGUCUCUUGCCUUUCUAUCAAAUGAAAACAUGAUGUGUCUGGCUCUAGUUACUUCAUGCGGAGUGGUCAAACCUCUCGCAUGUCAGAGGGACUUCCGGCAAGGUCGUGUGAGCGCCUCACGGGUCUAUCUAUUUCGGUUCUUCUGUAUUUGGCAUGCCACACUAGCUCUUCGCACAACCAAAAAAGUCGCCAAUCCGCGUCACGCAAUACGCAUCUUGACGUAGAUCAUAUCCUGCAAAACUCGCAUGGCAAAUCCAGACACAUUUGCAGUUCAUCCUUUCACCCAAGAUUGCCCAAUAUCCUUGCGGGAGGAAGCUACAACGGGGAGGUGAUUCUCUGGGAUGCCAGUCAGACGAGCACGGACCCACAAAUCGCGAUGUCGAGUAUAAUGCUUCGUAGCGGAAAUCAAAAUCAUUUCUGCCUACGUUGUAGCGCCGUCGUGCAUUACCCUCUGCGCGACGGCAUGGUGAGACUGACAUCUCAUUGGAACUUCGUAAUAAACUCAACCGUGUAGUUGUGCUUCCUAAGUACUUGCGGAACACAUGCAGUAUGCAGAUGAUAUCAUAUGUGACGUCUAACGUUAUGCACCACGGCGCUGCUCGUGUAACUCCAAGUACUGUUAUACGUCAUUUCUAGGAGAGCCAAGCUCUGCAGUUGCUGCACGCAUGACGGCGUUUUUGUUCUGUGUUUAGCUGCCAACACCAAAAAAAGCUUGCUUCUCGAUGAUGCAGAUGAAGAGUUCACGCAUAGAAUUUAUAUGAAUUUCCACAAACACUACACCACCAGGUAUCGACGACUACUUUCACCGCGAAGCCAUUCACGAAAUUUCCUGGAUUGAGCAAGGCAAAAAGUUCUUACUGGCCACCGUGUCGGGCGACGGCCGCAUCUUGCUGUGGGACGUGGCCGAUAACCUCGCCUUCCCCUCCCGCGGAUUCACGCUGCUGCAGCGAAAGAGGACCGUCGGUGGGCGCGCGCUCGCGUUUUCCCCUUUCGACUCCUCCCUGUUUGUGGUGGGCUCAGAAACGGGCUCGUUGAUCCGAGGCAUGUGCCCCGCAGUGCUCGCGGAUAGCACACAAGUAUUUGACUUCAUUAGAGAGAGAAACACUUGUCCGCAACUUCUACUUCGUUUCCGUCGUUUACGUGACAUUAUGAUUGAUUCAUCGUAUUCCGAUAAUUGCCGCAUUGGUUGCUGCAGCCCUAUUCAUAAUUGAUUCGUGAAUUAUGCAAUUGUUUUCACGACAGAUUUCCGGCGAGCGUGCCCGGCAGUGGAAGGGUAGCGCGUUGCGGAUCUUGGAUGCCGUCCCGGUAUCCAGUCGGAUGGGGAUCCAGCACCAUGUGGAGACCUUUCUCCAGCGGCAGGCCGCCACCGAAAAGGACCAAAACAUCACGGCGGCCUUGAUUUUCAAGUCGAAACCCGACCCAAACCUGCUGUUCCCGCAGCCCAAAACCACCGACCUCGAGCCGCACAGCGGGCCCAUCGUCGCAGCGCGGUUUUCCCCGUUUCACCGGAAGAUGCUGCUGACCGCGGCCCUGGACGGCGGGGUCAAAUUGUUCGACAUUCUGCAGCAGCGCCCUCUGUACGUACUCUACCCGCCUUUGCUCACCGUCGGCGGCGGCGCGAACCGGGAUCUGAACCUGCAGCAGCGCGCCUCCGUGGGGCUCGCCGACGCGGCCUGGAGUCACGCCAGACCGUUGGUGUUCGCCGUGGCGCCGGAACAGGGCAGUUUGGUGAUCUACGACCUGAUAUCAAAUGCAAAUAUGUCUGGGUCCUCUGGAAGAUUGCAAGACUUGUCAUGCUAAUUUUCCAUGACCCGUGAUGUCUGGCAUACAGAACUUCGCAUGACAGAUUCUGCUGGGUCUCUAUCAUGCCUCUCCCGCAUGAGAGACCACUGCCGCUCAACUUGGGCAAAUGAUAUGGACAGCUUUUGGUAAGCACGCAACACAGGCUUUUGCACGAUUCGAGACUUAGCAUGACAACUUGCAUUCUUCCAGAUCCAGACAUAUUUGCAAGGCAUAUCUGAUGAAGUCCAAACACGAACCGGUCGUGGCGAUCCCGUUCGAGAAAACCUCCGAGCGCGUUAUCCACUGCGAAUAUGUCUAGACAUCCGGACAAAAGUGCAACCUUUGUCAUGCACGUUUUGCGUGACCCAUCAUGUCUGUGAUGCAUGUCCUAGCAUCAGAAAUUUUUUGAGGGCUCUUUGAUGCUGCCUACUUCGCAUGAGAAAUAAGUAAGUACCCUCUACUCGUCCGCGUAGGAAAUAAAGCGGAACUUCUGUAGUUGCUGCUCAUGCAACACUGAUUUUCUCAGAAUUCGAAAGCCGCAUGACAAAUUGCGCUCUUACAGACCCAGACUACACUUUUGCAAUGCAUACACGUCACGCGGGUCCGCUUCAACCCGACGCAACGGGGACUGCUGGCCGCGGGGGGCAGCAAGGGCCUGCUCAAGGUGUUCGCGCUGCCCUGGAGUUUGAGUGCCCCCGCGAAGCCGGCGGAAUUGCAACAAAUGAACCGGCUCAUGAGUCGGGGGUGAUGGAGUACAGACGAGACUACAGCGGGGCCUUGAUGCAGUGCCGCAGAUUUACUAGGCAUGCAAACUGCAUCUACAUGUUCAGUUCUUUCAAGUGGAGCUAUUGGACAGCAAAAGCUUUCUUGCUCGUUUGAAAAUAGGUACAUAGGCGGGGCACGAGCAAAAUAA